UAAGUCUUGAUAUUGUAUUUAGUCGUGAGAAAAUCGAGAAUGCUAGUAUGUUAAAACAAAGAUACCUUAAUAUCAAGUAUCUUGAUUUUAGUAGUGUUAUGGGUUUUAGAAAGAAUGAAUUUAUUGAAGCUAUCAUCAAAGCAUCUCCGAAUUUAAAAUAUUGA